AUGUCAAACCUACCCUGUUUCGCCUUCGUUCAACUUGACACGCACCAGCGGACACAAGAGACGAUGUAUCGCCUUCGCCGACAAAUAAGAGAGGUAAUCGGCACAGAGAAAGUUGUGAAAAAAACCUUUGUUGAAGAGCAGAAUCUGCUCGGAGAAGACCUGGAAUCGGUGCUAGACGGAGCGCUGCAAUCGAAGGCCCCCGAAGAUGGGCAGAAUUUGAUCACGUACGCUGCCGCCCAGGGCAGGGAUGUGUGGUUUUUGUUCAUCGCCGGCAAGAUAAGGUCAAAGAUUGGGGUCCGCGCACUGGCCAAGGAGCUACGGGAACUAGACAUCGACCGGGCUCCUCUUUUGUUCAACGCGGCUGCCAGCCGAGGUGAAACAUCGUGUUUUCGAACGGCGCACGAUCUCGUCUACAAGGCCCUCGGGAAAGGCGGAUUGAUAGAGCAGCUCGAAGCUGUCGACGGCGAGGGUAGAACGAUGUUGAUGCACGCGGCACGGAGCAAUGAUGGUAACGCUUUUGACGAAAUUGUGGGCAUUUACUCGAAGGCCGUCCCUCUCACGUCUUCUGACUAUACCGCGAAAGACCGCAAGGGCAUGAACUGUCUCCACCACGCCGCGGAAGCGGGGUGUAGCGAGGUGCUGGGCAAGGUGAUUAAAAAGUACAGCGAUGCGGGAGGGUCGUCAUAUGCUGAGAGAGACAACAACAACCGAACCCCUGUAAUGUACGUAUUGAGCGACGCCACCCGGGACGUGCGCGCCGGUGACAGUCUACUAAAAAAGUUCACCUUGCUGUACAGCAACAUGCCCACAACUUGCGGUAAACAAGACGAGAAGGUGUCCGUUGAUCCCGGUGAACACGCCAAGGAAGGGUGGAUGGAGAUGACGGAUGUGCUUACGCAGCGAAUACAGAUCUCGAAAAGUCACGAGAUCACUAGGAAGGCGCGAGGAGUGACGGAAUUGAUGCAUGCUGCACGAGGUGGGUUGGGGUCCUUGGAGCUCGCUCUCAACGAACCUCUGCCCUCGUCUAGACUAGCGGAUGGUUCGAUAAGCCUCGACAUAGCGCUCAAUGUUAAGGCUUGUGACGAGGCAGCUUCGGACAAGCCAAGAUGGGAACCGCAACCUGCCUGGGGAAAAGGGUUGCUCCUAGCGGCGGCCGCCGAGCGGGGCGACAUUGAUGUGCUACACAUUGUCCUCACCGCCAUUCAGGACGGCGUGUUCACCAAGAAGCCGAACGCCGACAGAUUCACCUUGCGUAGGCAUGAGGGUCGCCGCGCAGGGUUGCCUUUCGGCGAGAAUGUGAAGACAGUUGUGCGAGAGAUGAGCAAAGGCGGGAAAUCCCUCUUUUCGCAAGCCAUCCUAUCAGGACGGACGGUUGCCGUUGAGCACGUUUAUCUCCUAAUCGUCAAGCUUUUCGGCGAAACCGACCCCGAGACCUGGGCUAUCCUUACCGGGAUAGACUUGCUUAGCGGUAAAGUCGCCGAGGCGAGCCCUCUUGCGUGCGCGGCGUCGGCGUCUAUGGAGCCCAGUGACCACGGGAGCAAGAUGUUCGACUUGGUAUACUCCUACCUUCAAACGCACGCGCCGAACGAAGAGGAGUUGCUGAUACAACUGGUACCAAAGCCGCCGCACUAUGAGCCAAAGACAACUAUUUCGCCUCUGGUGGGAGCUGCGUUCAGCAGCAAUUGGGUCCUGUUCUGGAGGGUCUACGACACCUACACAACGCUGGCCAAAAAGCCUUGGUUACGCACAAAUGUGAGCCAGCCGAACAGACGUGGAGGCGCGCGUAAGGACACGGUUUCAGCCUCUCCUAUUGUCCCCUGGUGUUUGGCGGCGCCCGAGCUCACUCUGGCCCUUGCUUUCUGCUCGUCCAUUUGUUUGCGUGUGCCGAAUGCGGGUUAG